AUGAAGGACCUGGUCGAUGAUACGCCCGUCGCCGGCCUUCCUUUUAUGUAUAGUAACACGCCCGGUGUCGACAAGCCUUCGGAAACUCCCCAGAAACCAUCAUUCUCCAACGACAACCCGCCCGGGAUGGCUCUUCCGUUCGCCGAUCUGCCGCUCGCCUGCCGCGAAGCCGUCUACCAGCGCCUGCCCUUCACCCAGCGCAUCCGGAUGCGUACCGCCAGCCGGGCGUUCAACCGGGUCAACGACGGCUCGCUGUGGCUGGCCGGCCGUCCGCAACUAGCCAGCGUCGUCAUCAAGCAAAUGUUGUACAUCAGCGUCUCCGACGAGACGUUCUGCAUCGUCUGGCGGCCGCCCGUCGAACGCAACGCCGGCUACCUCGAGUUCGAGCUGGUCGAUUUCAACUUUUUGAAGUUCAACGGCACCUACAGCCGCGAGCCCCGCAGCGCCAAGUGCUUCGUGACCUGCUCGGACGCGCGGCACGCGCUGCGCAUCUUGAACCAACUUUUCCGGAAGACGUCGCCCAGGGCGGCCGCCCUCAACCAGGACACUCCGACGAAGCUCGACCUGAGCGGCCUGCUGCUGCUGCGCUGCCCGAUGCAGGCGCACAUCCGCGGGAAGAGCGCCGAGCUGGCCGCCCGCGCGGCCAAGAUCACCAACUGGGUGCCGCUGAAGCCGGAGUUGGUCUUGAUCGAGCUGAUGAUGGACCGUCGCGGGCCGGCCGCGGAUCAUUGCUUGACGGGCCUUUUCGAAUCGCUGAGCGAUCACUCGGCAAUUCGGCUUCACCUGGCGGUGCCGGUGUGCAGCAUGCAGCGCGCAUCCGCCGUCGCCCAUCGCCUGCUGGAGAGCGCGCUUUGCAAGAGCCCGCCGGUCGGCACCCAGAGACGCCUGCUGGCCGUCACCCUAGACAUUGGCGAGCCGAUUCGCUAUAUGCGGAUGCUGCACCAGCAAUACUUUACCGCCGACGGCUUCCGCAUCUUCACGUGGGCGUUCGGCGAUUUUGAGGCCGAGGUGGUCAAGCUGAUGGAGGGUCGCGACGUCAUGCUGUUGUGCCAGGAGCUCGAGUAUACGGCGACGCUGCUGAUCGCGCAGAACUACGGGACGGACAUCGACGCCGUCGGCAGGGACGCCUCCCGGGGCCUGAUGCUCCAGCCGGAAGCGCCCGUGUACCACCUGGGCCCUGUCAGCCCGUGGGCCACGAUUGGCGAGGGAGUCCAAAAA